AUGGUGAGAGCACCUUGCUGUGAGAAGAUGGGAUUGAAGAAGGGUCCUUGGACUCCCGAGGAAGAUCAACUCCUCACAUCUUACAUCCAAAAACAUGGCCAUGGCAAUUGGCGUGCCCUCCCAAAGCAAGCAGGCCUGUUGAGGUGUGGGAAGAGUUGCAGACUGCGCUGGAUUAACUAUUUGAAGCCUGAUAUCAAGAGAGGGAAUUUCACAUCUCAGGAAGAAGAAACUAUCAUUGAGCUGCAUGAGACCCUGGGGAACAGGUGGUCAGCUAUUGCAGCAAAAUUACCCGGAAGAACUGAUAAUGAAAUAAAAAAUGUUUGGCACACCAAUUUGAAGAAGAGGCUGCUGAAAGCAGACCAGUCCAAUUCAAAUUCCAGAAGGGCCACAAAGCCAAGAAUCAAACGUUCUGAUUCCAAUUCCAGUAUCAUAACUCAAUCAGAACCUGCCAAUUUUAGUUUAAGGGAAAUGGACUCAACAUCAGCAUGCACAACUUCUAGUGAUUUUUCAUCUGUCACAGUUGGUGACAGCAAAACUAUCAAGUGUGAAGACAUAGAGUCUCUGGAGACAAUGCCUGUGAUUGACGAGAGCUUUUGGUCAGAACCUGCAAUCGAUGAAACUCCCUCCAUGUCAUCACAAUCCAUGACGAUCUCAACUGAGAUGCCACUUCAAUACCCUUUUACUAACUAUGAGGAAACUUUCCAACAGAGUCAUGCUUAUGAUUCAAGCUUUGAUGACGGCAUGGAUUUCUGGUAUGACAUACUCACCAGGACUGCGGAUUCAAUAGAAUUGCCAGAGUUCUGA